CGCGACCCGGUCCUGCCGCGGCCGCCGGUGCCCGCGGACGCUCUGGGCGCGCGGGGCGAGGCGGUGCGGCUGCAGCUGCAGGGCGAGGAGCUGCGGCUGCAGGAGGAGAGCGUGCGGCUGCACCAGAUCAACACCUACCUCAGCGACCGCAUCUCGCUGCACCGCCGCCUGCCCGAGCGCUGGAACCCGCUGUGCAGAGAGAAGAAAUACGAUUAUGGACGUUUGCCCACGACAUCUGUUGUCAUAGCGUUUUAUAAUGAAGCCUGGUCAACUCUCCUUCGGACAGUUUAUAGCGUCCUCGAGACGUCCCCAGACAUCCUGCUAGAGGAAGUUAUCCUCGUAGAUGACUACAGCGAUAGAGAGCACCUGAAGGAGCGGCUGGCCAGCGAGCUGUCGGGGCUGCCCAAGGUGCGCCUGAUCCGCGCCAACAGGAGGGAGGGCCUGGUGCGGGCCCGGCUGCUGGGGGCUUCCGUGGCCAAGGGCGACGUGCUGACCUUCCUGGACUGCCACUGUGAGUGCCACGAGGGGUGGCUGGAGCCGCUGCUGCAGAGGAUCCACGAGGAGGAGUCGGCAGUGGUGUGCCCUGUGAUCGAUGUGAUCGACUGGAACACGUUCGAGUACCUGGGGAACCCCGGGGAACCCCAGAUCGGGGGCUUCGACUGGAGGCUGGUGUUCACGUGGCACGUGGUUCCCGAGAGGGAGAGGAUGCGGAUGCGCUCCCCCGUCGACGUCAUCAGGUCUCCAACCAUGGCUGGUGGGCUGUUUGCUGUGAGUAAGAAAUAUUUUGAGUAUCUGGGGUCUUACGAUACAGGAAUGGAAGUUUGGGGCGGAGAAAACCUCGAAUUCUCCUUUAGGAUUUGGCAGUGCGGUGGGACCCUGGAGACACACCCGUGUUCUCACGUUGGCCACGUUUUCCCCAAGCAAGCUCCCUACUCCCGCAGCAAGGCUCUCGCCAACAGCGUCCGUGCAGCUGAAGUGUGGAUGGAUGAAUAUAAAGAGCUCUACUACCAUCGCAACCCCCACGCCCGCUUGGAACCCUUUGGGGACGUGACGGAGAGGAAGCAGCUACGUGCGAAGCUCCAGUGUAAGGACUUCAGGUGGUUCCUGGAGAACGUGUAUCCAGAACUGCACGUGCCUGAAGACAGGCCGGGCUCCUUCGGGAUGCUCCAGAGCAAAGGACUAAAAGAUUACUGCUUUGACUAUAACCCUCUCAGUGACAGCCAAAUCACGGGACACCAGGUCGUUCUGUACCUCUGCCACGGGAUGGGUCAGAACCAGUUUUUCGAGUACACGUCCCGGAAUGAACUCCGCUAUAACACCCGCCAGCCAGAGGGCUGCGUAGCUGUGGACGCGGGAACCGAUCUUCUCACCGUGCAUCUCUGCGAGGACACUGCCCCGGAGAAUCAGAAGUUCGUCUUGCAGGAGGAUGGUUCUUUAUUCCACGUACAGUCCAAGAAAUGUGUUCAGGCCGAGAGGAAGGCGCUGGGCAGCAGUUUCGUACCACUCCUGCGAGACUGCACCAACUCGGACCUGCAGAGAUGGUUCUUCAAGGAGCGCAUGUUGUAAAGUGUCGCUGCUCCAAGGAACCUGUGGAGGGAGACUGGGCCCUUGGACUCUGUGCCCGGCAGAGACUUAGCUAAGUACAGUGACAGUCCCUCCAAAACGUGGCUGCUCCUCUUUUGUAAGGAAAUCAUUUUGCAGUUUGUGAAAGUGAUGUUGGAUUUAGUAAGACUGUGAAUAAGCUUUGUACUGAUUUUGAAAACUUUAAAAUUGUUCUCAACACCCUAUUUUCAAAGGGUAAUCACAAAAUGUUAACUCUUGGUAUUCAGAGAGUUAAAAACCUUGAAAUAUUUUUCUAUCAAGAUG